GGUUAUGUAUAUUCAACCACUGCCCUUCUAAAAGAUAGUAUAUGCAGGUGCAUGCAGGAUUGAAGGAAAACUGGUGGAAACAGAAAAAGGACAUCUUUUGCUUCUACUGGAAUUUUGUUGGUUUUCAGCCAAAUUUACGUGCCAUUUCCCACCAAGUGACAUCAUGAUAUAAAAACCAGAUAGGAAAGAAAUAUGAUUCGCCUUGGAGGGUUCCGGCACCUAACGAAGGUUUUGAACCAAACCUUAGGUGGCCGUUGGCAACAUCAUCUCCUUCGAACAAGUGGUUUACAGUCUCCAACUCUGAGGAAGUAUGGUACGGAAAUUGAGCCAUCUAGCGGCACGAGAGGGCGGGUCCCUUCCCAAGCUCAAAUCGUGGUCUGCGGUGGCGGAGUCGUGGGAUGUUCUGUGGCAUAUCACUUGGCUUUGGAAGGAUGGAAAGAUGUUAUCAUCUUGGAACAGGGGAGUAUCUCCUGUGGGACAACAUGGCACGCUGCAGCGCUCUUGGGGCAAAUGAGAGCCACAGGUAUAGAGAGCCACAUUUCCAAAUAUAGCUUGGAGCUCUAUAACAGACUGGAAAAAGAAGGAUAUGCCAUGGGUAUCAAACAGUGCGGUAGUCUAAAUGUUGCUAGAACUAAGGACCGUAUGGUAUACAAUGCACGAAACCAAGCAAAAGCUGCUACCUUAGGGAUAGAAACACAUGUUGUCACUCCUCGGGAGAUAAAGGAAAUGGUUCCUCUUAUCAAGGAAGAUGAUUUAGAGGGUGGUCUUUACAUACCUGGUGACGGUGCUGGCAGUGCAACUGACAUUUGUAUGUCACUCAGCCGUGUUGCCAAGGAAAAUGGUGUAAAAAUAUUUGAAAACUGUCAAGUUGAGCGAGUGUUGAGUGAGGAUGGGAGAGUUUCGGGUGUGGAUACAAAUAGGGGACGUGUGACCUGUGAUUACUUCGUAAAUUGUUCUGGCCAGUGGGGCCGUGAGAUUGGAGAGCUGAGCACACCACCAGUGAAAGUGCCCCUACAUUCUUGUGAACAUUACUAUCUUGUAACUAAGCCUACUGACAAACUAAGGGUUGACCCUAUGAUGCCUGUGAUAAGAGACUACGAUGGUUAUGUGUAUUUCCGUGAGUGGAGUGGAGGUAUACUAGCGGGAGGGUUUGAGCCUCAAGCUAAGCCUGUGUUCCACGAUGGCAUUCCUCCAAAGUUUGAGUUCCAGCUAUUACCAGAGGAUUGGGAUCAUUUUCAAAUUCUCCUUGAAAAUAUGCUCUUGCGGAUGCCAGGAUUGGCUGAAGCGGAAAUCCGACAACUUCUCAACGGUCCGGAAUCCUUCACAGCAGACGGACGAUGGAUUAUUGGAGAGGCUCCGGAGAUCGAGAAUUAUUUUGUGGCAGCAGGCAUGUGUUCGUCUGGUAUUGUUGGUGCUGGAGGGAUUGGGAAAAUCCUUGCCGAGUGGUUGACUCAUGGUGAUUGUUCGAAAGAUGCCUGGCCGGUUGACAUUCGCCGGUUUGUCGGCAUACAUAACAACAAGAAAUUCUUAAGGGAUCGGGUCAGGGAAACACUCAAAGGUGUUGGAAGCAUCGCAUACCCUCGAGGAAAUGACUUCCAUUCUUGCCGGAAGCUCCGUACAUCGCCACUCUACACACGCCUUGCGGCUUCUGGUGCCUGGUUCGGAGGGAAAAAUGGUUUUGAAAGAGCAAUGUAUUUUCGCAAUGUUGAAAACCAAGAUGAAUCAGUUAUAGGUGAAUCAAAAGCUGUACCAGAGAACUUGACUUUCUAUAAACCGGGCUGGUUUGAGAAUGUGGAAGCAGAGUUUUGGGCAUGUAGGGAAGGAGUCUGCCUCAUCGACAUGUCCUCAUUCACAAAGUUUGAAUUGAAGUCUGGUGGCCGAGAAGUUGUGGACGCCCUCCAAUAUAUCUGCGCCAACGAGGUAGACCAGCAAAUAGGAACAGUCAUCCACACGGGCAUGCUGAACAAGAGAGGAGGCUAUGAAAACGACUGCAGUCUGGUCCGAAUGGGUGAGAGCAGCUAUUUUAUGAUCGCACCAACCACUCUCCAGACGAGAAGCUUCCACUGGCUCCAAAAGCACCUGCCCAAGAAGGAUCGGUCAGUUCUCUUGAGUGAUGUGACAUCCAUGUACACCUGUUUGAAUGUGAUUGGACCGAAAGCGCAAGAACUACUUGAGGAGCUCACGGACACCUCCAUGGAGAAGUCCCACUUUCAGUCCAUGACAUGCAAGGAAAUCAACCUUGGCAAUGCGAGCGGCAUCAGAGCUUUGAGGCUAACACACACUGGGGAAGAUGGAUUUGUCUUGUAUAUCCCAUCAGAGUAUGCUCUUCAUGUGUAUGACUCCCUGAUGACCCGGGGUCGAGACUAUGGUAUACGCAAUGCAGGCUACUACGCCCUCCGGGCACUGAGGAUAGAGAAGUUCUUUGCCUACUGGGGCCUGGACAUCAAUCCUGAUACUACACCGUUUGAAGUUGGAAGGGAUUUCCGGGUGAAGUUCGAUAAAGGGGACUUCAUUGGAAGGGAAGCUCUACUGAAAGAGAAAGAAGAAGGCAUCAGAGGGCGCUUGGUGCACUUCACUGUUGAGGAUCAUGACACUGACAACGACCCCUGGAGCUGGGGAGGAGAACCAAUCUACCGUAAUGGAAAAUUUGCCGGAUUUACUACGUCUAGUUGCUUCGGCUACACAAUGAAUCGGCUAAUUUGCCUCGGUUUGGUGCGAGAUUAUGACGAACACACUAAAGAGAAGAAGGUGAUAAAGAACUGGCAUGAUUGGGUGAUGAAAAGCGGACAAUUCGAAAUCGACAUCAAUGGAAAGCGAUUUCCUGCCAAACCGUCAAUCUAUCCACCAAAGUUACAAUCCCUCACUUCAGGUCAUGGCUACGUACCUAAGUCAAAGUCUAUGUAAAUUUCUCUGAAGUGUUGGUAAACAUACCUAUAUGUAAGAUUGCCAAGCCAUCAUGAACAAUCCAUUUUGUUUCGAGACAUAUGUUGAGGGUUUUAUGCAGAAACAUUUUCAAAGUGUGCUCUGCCCACAUGUUGUUGUGAUAAGUGACUAAAGUUCAUGUUAAAGCUGAAAUCUGAAACAGCACAGCACAACCCAUACAAGUUCAAUUGAAACAAGUAGGUCGAAGUAAUGGGACUUUUCAAAUGAAAUGUUUUCCCUAUCCCACCCCACUCUGGACGUUACUCAUUUUGGGAUUAAGUGCACUGUGCACCCUUCUGCCCUUCAAGGCUUCUAAUAACAUCUCCUUCCUCGACUCUAAGCUAACAAUAAUGCUGUGAAGGAGUUUGUGACGUCUCCCACUCAGUUUUGAGUAUUAUUUGUAUGCAAUAUUUAGCCUUCAUAAUGAACUUUCAGAGGCUAAAAUAGACUUGUUGAGACUGAUUAGCCAGGUGUUUCGUGUGUACAAUGUGAUUUGGAAGUCAAAAACCAAAAGAGAAAAAUUUUGAAGAAAAACACAAGUUGCUUAUAUCAGUUGGAAAACCCAGAGUCUCUCAAAAUAUGGGUGCAGAAAUCAAAGACUGAUUUCGUUUAGCUUUGUCAUUUGACAAUAUUGCAGUUAUUAUGAAAAACAGUUAUAUUAAUCAGGGAUUUCUAACUUCUCAUCAACUCGGCCCAUUGCUGUAUGUCUCUGAUGCAGAUAUAAUGCUGCGAAAGAUGUGUGAUGACUUUAACUCACUUUUUGGACAGAUUAUAUGCAAUAUCGAUAAAAAUAAUAAGGGCAAUUGCGGGGCAAAAAAGACUUACGUAAUAUUAUUUAUACUCAGUUGCCGUGUGUUGGUGGUGGAAAUGUGAUUGGGACGUCAAAACAAAAAAGAAUUUGAAAAUAAUAGUUUUUGCACCAAGCUAUAGGAGGCAGCGGCCUAGCAGUUUUCUGGUAACUCCCUGGUUAGCUUGGUUCCCCGACAGGCUGCUUAUCGAGUAGUUGGAAACCCCUGAUCUUAUUUCUAAAAAUAACCAUCCAUAGGAUUCUAGCAAAAAUAUAUAAUUGCCUGUACGGGUAGUAUUGUCAACAGCUAUUAUCGUUAGAUGUUGAGAUAUCUAGCGAUGAUGCUGCUUAAUUUAUUAGUAAUAAUUUAUGACUUGCGACAAAUGUGAUAUGCCAUCUUUGCUAGUGUAACUCAAAUUCUGCCCCAUACUCGGCGAAAGGGCCUCAGGUUUGGGCUCUUCAUUUCCGGGCUUAUUUUAGCUCCACUCUCCCAGUGUAGGACAUCACAUCGUCUGACCCCAUCAGGUGAUGCCCUUUUACCCAGUCCGUAAGACAGUAUGCUGGUUUAAAAAUUGCAAUUGCAUUGCACUAUUACUUGCACCAAAAAUAUAUAAGCCCGCCAACUUGCCCCAUACAUGUAUUCAUUUUUGCUUGCACAUUCUUAUUUGGCACCAGUUAUGAGUUUCACUGCCACAGUGUUUUUCUGGUGCGAUUCAACCCUCGUCAAAGAAUGAAAAGAAAUACAAUCAUAAAAUUGUUAAGGCAAGUGCCAUCAUCACAGAACCCACUGAAAGUUGCGGGUUAAGCCAGGCGGUAUCGAGAUACAAUUGAACCUGGUUACGAUUCCGGCAAGUUUAUUGUGGUUCGUAUCGUGACUUAUAUUCAAUUGGCUACAGUGAAUCUUACGUUUUAGUAUGAGGUUUGUUGCUUGCACGAUGUAGGGAUUGAUGUCAUGCUUUGAAGCCAACCAUAGUAUAAAGGUCUUGAAUUUCAACUCAUUUAAAUAAUUGCUCUGUACACUCAGGGACUGGGGGGUCAAAAUCAUGGUUGCCAGGUGACUUAUGGGCACAGUAAGAGACGUGGGCAUGAUUUGACUUAAUAAUUAAAAAUAUGCUUUAGACAAGCAUGAAUGGUAUCUUUUGUGUGUAGGCCUGCUGUGAAGUAUAGAGACACCUAUCAAAGACUACAUGUGGCCCACCAGGCUCCUGCCUACAGCUGCCAUUUUAAAUUCAAUUGUCUUGGUUGAGCAAAGACAAGAGAUCACCUGAAAAAAAAGGGGAGGUGGGAUAAAUAAGUCAGAUGAAAUUGUAGAUAAUGUGUUUGUGAUAUACAAGAAUGGUUAUGCUUUUGAUUUCCCAUGCAUGCGGAAAAGUUUGUUUCCCAAUAAUUGUCCCUAACAAAGGAAAUUGUAUUAGAGAUUAUUGUUGUUACAGGGUUAUCGAUACGCUUAACUGAAGGUACACUUAGGUUGCAAUUUCACAACACAGCAAAUAAAAUCACUGCAAAUAUUUCAAGGAUUAAAGAUUGGUUCCGAUUUGUGAAAGUACCUGUUCUCUUGCAUGACCUUUGCAUGUAUCUGGACUACUGGUUGUACAUAGUCAGUCAUUUGAUUGCCUAGCGAAUAGCAACAUAAUCAUAUAAAUUCUGUAAAAAAUUGUUAAGAUUAUGCAAAAUAAAGUAAUUAUAUAGUCAUGAA